UUUAAGUUAAAACCACUCCCAAGCUCCCUCUCGGUGCGUAUUUUCGUCACAGAAAAUGUCACAGCCAAUACCGGUCGAUGUUCUCUCUGAUUCCGACUCCGACGAUUAUCGCCUGCCGUCUCUCAGAAACGAUGCCAUCGACCUCACCACGCCCCCUCUCUCGGCUCCUCAUUCCAAAAAGAAACAAAAAACAGAGAAUUUGUCAAACUCCACAGUCUUCAUCAUCGACGACGAUCCCACGCCGUUAAAGCCGCCGCCAACUUCUUUGGCAGGCCCGACAUUCUCCUCCACUCCUUCGUCCGUCACUGAGACCCCCUUCUCCUGUGCCUCAAUCGUCAAAUGCUCCAAAGGAAAAUCGUUGUAUUCCGAUCAACUUGUAGUUGCUGAAACACCAAUAUCUGACCUUUCCAAACUCCAAUUUCCAAUUGUCAAUUGCAACAGAGGAUUUUCUGACUCUGAAAUUGGGUGUUCUUUGAUUUCAAAUCCUAAGACUUCGGGAAUCGAUGGAUUGAUAUGUGUGGAGUCAGAUGAUGAGUCUGAUAAUGUUGGUAGAUUUGAAGCUUGGAAGAAUAAUGAAACAAUUUUUGCUGCGGAAUUGGUGAAUGAAUCAGAAUUUGGCUCGAGAUUAGAUGCAUCCUCAUUCCCACUUGGUUCUUCCAUUGAACUAUGUAAGAAGUUCUCAAUGGAGAAUGGUGACACUAUGCAAAUGCCUGAAAACAAUUUCCAUCAAAGUUCACUGGAAGAUGACUUAUCUACGGCACAUCGCUACCAUGAUGGCAGAACUGAUAUUUUAGAGCCCAUUCAAGUCUUGAGACAAGGUAGGAAAAGUGGAGACAAGCCAAAGAAGAAAACUGGAGCAGAGGAUGGAACUAAAAAGAUGAAAAUGUCAAAGGAGGAGAGACUUCUUUUGAUGGAGGAGAAGAAACAGCAGAAAGAACAAGAGAAGUUGCUAAAGGCUGCUUCUAAGGCGGAAGCUGUGAAGAUGAAAAAACAUCAGAAAGAAAUGCAGAAGUGGGAAAAGGGGAAGUAUGCUGUGAAAUCCAUUCUGGCAAAAAUUGACACAAAAGUAGUUGAACUGGGUUCUAUUGGAGGACAUUUGCUCACAAGGUUUGCAGAAAAGGGUCUUUCAUACCGAAUAACAUCAAAUCCAGUAGAGAGAUCCAUCAUAUGGACUAUGGCUAUUCCAGAAGAAAUGGCACAAGUAGUCUCAUCUGAAGAGAUUGAAAUUUCUUACGUGUUAAUUAUUUACGAGGCUGAAGAUUUCUGUAAACUUGUCUUGAAUGAAUCUCUAAUGGGUCACAUUCAGAGCAUUCAACACCGUUACCCACAUCAUACUAUAUGUUAUCUCACAAAUAGCCUUUUGGCUUACAUCAAUAAAAGGGAACAAGGGCAGUACAAGAAUCCUACCAACUACAGUGGGUGGAAACGCCCACCUAUAGAGGAGGUUCUGUCAAAAUUUACAACUCAUUUUUCCAAAGUACAUUCAAGGCAUUGCGCUGAUGAAGCUGAACUAGCUGAACAUGUAGUUGGUUUGACUUGCAGUCUUGCCUCUUGUCAAUUUAGGAAAAAGUUGACUCGAUUAUCAGUUGAUGCAAAUGGUUCCCUUAUCCCUAAAGACUGUGUUGACAAGAAUCUAAUAAAGAAGAGCAUGUGGCUGAAAGCACUGAUAGCUAUCCCGAAGGUACAGCCACGAUUUGCUAUUGCCAUUUGGAAGAAAUAUCCUACAAUGAAAUCUCUUUUGAGUGUUUACAUGGAUCCUAAUAAAUCGGUACAUGAGAAAGAAUUUCUGCUAGAGGAUUUAACAGUAGAGGGCUUUUUUGGUGAUGAUAGAAGAUUAGGCAAUAUUUGUUCUAAGAGAGUGUACAGAAUACUAAUGGCUCAAUGUGGGAACAUUAAAACGGAUGAUAUUGAGAGUGGAGCUGAUUUCUUUAGCCAUCAGUCUGAGUAAUGCAAGUCGUAGCUACUAGCGAUCAUCAAUCUGCUAUGGGAAGUUCAAGGUGUUUAUGUUUCCAAGUUUGAGCUUCAUUUGAUUGAGCAUGUUAGAUAGUCAGUCCAUGGAAAUGAAACUGAAAUACCUUUUUUCAUAUAUAUAAUCAUUUUCAGGGAUUCCAAUGACAACAAAUAUUAGUGACUUGUGAAUAAACUGUACAUUUUUUUUA